AUGAGAGCCCCGCUGCUGCCGCCGGCGCCUGUGGUGCUGUCGCUCUUGAUCUUCUGCUCAGCCCAUUAUACUGCUGGAUUAGACGUCAAUGACACUUACUCUGGAAAAGGGGAACCACUUUCUGGGGACCACAUUGCUGAUAGAUUUGAGCUGACCUCAAGAAGUCAGAUGUCCUCGGGAAGUAAGAUUUCUCCUGAGAGUGAAAUGCCUUCUAGUAGCGAACUGUCCUCGGAGAUUGACUUUGACUAUGCAGAAGAGUACGACAACGAACCACAAAUACUUGACUACAUUGUAGAGGAUUUACUCAGAGUUGAACAGGUAGUUAAGCCCAAGAAAGACGAAACUGAAAGUGAAAAGACUUCAGAUAAACCCAAAAGAAAGAAAAAGGGAGGCAAAAAUGGAAAAAAUAGAAGAAAUAGAAAGAAGAAAAAUCCAUGUGAUGCAGCAUUCCAAAAUUUCUGCAUUCAUGGAGAUUGCAAAUUUAUAGAGCACCUGGAAACAGUAUCAUGCCAAUGUCAUCAGGAUUACUUUGGUGAACGAUGUGGGGAAAAGUCCAUGAAGAUUCACAGCAUGGCUGACAGCGAUUUAUCAAAAAUUGCUUUAACAGUUAUGGCUGCUUUUGUCUCCACUAUGAGCUUCACAGCUAUUGUUGUUGUUAUUACAUCCCUGCUUCGAAAACGAUACUUCAGGGGAUAUGAAGGUGCAGCUGAAGAACGAAAGAAACUUCAACAAGAAAAUGGAAAAUCAUAUGCCAUAGCAUAA